ACGUUCUCGCGUCGUCGAAGCGCGUGCCGCACCAAUAGAGCUACCUUUCUGCCUGACCCCCGUUGAUCGUCGUGCGCGGCAAUCCGGUGAUAUAUUGCACGCACGUGGACACAUACAGGCAUGGCGAUGCUGCCGGACACGUCACUUGUUGAUGGCUCUCGUGCCUCCCGUGCUCCUUGCGCCAGCCGCGAGGACAUGCAAGGCGGCGCAGAAGCUCAACUUGUCCAGUCCCCACCGACGGCGGCGUUCCAGUGAUGAGAGCUCCGCCAAUGCUCCUGACGCUUCAGAACUGGUCGUCCAACCGAACGGUUAUGCAGCGAGACUGCUCAAGUCACCUCCGCCGGCGCCUCCGGCACUCGUCCGCAGAAUAGGCUCCAAGGAGCUCUCCGGAGUUGGAAAGCGGUAGAAACGUAAGCUUGCAAAAGUGAUCUACUCGACGAUACAGGCUGGGAGCAAAGUCAAUACAUGCAGUAGCGAACGAAGACACCGGACAUUUUUAUAGGCUCUUAUGGCUGCGCGUAUUGGCUAUUCUCUUUUCCUUUUUUUCUUCUCCUUAUAUUGGCAGUGUGUAUGCGUGUACUCUUAUUGCGCCAUCGCUGCCCUCCCUACAUAUACAGCCCUUUCUCUGUCGUUUCCUCUCAUACACCUCUAAGCUUUCUUACCGCUACGCCAGUAGCUUCUUUCAUUGUAGUCACAUUUUUUCUGCUCUUCAAUUAUCUUUUUCCUUGUUUUUAUUAGAAACAUUAAUUUUCAUUAUUGCGCAUGACAUUGCCAAAAAAUCAUCUGCUGUAAACCAUUUUUC